AUGAGAUUCGGAUUGAUUGCUUCUCUCGCCCUGGUUGGCACUUCUGCCGCCUCGGCCGUCAUCGACCUCAUCCCCAAGAACUUCGACGACAUCGUUCUCAAGUCUGGAAAGCCUGCUCUGGUCGAGUUCUUCGCUCCAUGGUGCGGUCACUGCAAGAGCCUUGCCCCGGUCUACGAGGAGCUGGCUUCCUCGUUCGAAUUCGCAAAGGACAAGGUCACCAUCGCCAAGGUUGACGCUGAUGCUCACAAGGAGCUCGGCCGUAGAUUCGGUGUUCAAGGCUUCCCUACCCUCAAGUGGUUCGAUGGAAAGAGCGACACUCCUGUGGACUACAACAGCGGCAGAGACCUCGAGAGUCUGUCUGCCUUCAUCUCCGAGAAAACUGGCCUCAAGCAGAAGAAGAAGGCCGCCGUCCCCAGCAAUGUUGAGAUGUUGAACGACCAGACCUUCAAGACCGAGAUUGGCGGUGACAAGGAUGUCAUUGUUGCCUUCACCGCCCCCUGGUGUGGACACUGCAAGACCCUUGCUCCCAUCUGGGAAAAGCUCGCCAACGACUACGCCAACGAACCUACCGUCCUCGUCGCCAAGGUUGACGCUGAAGCUGAAAACGCAAAGGCUACUGCCCAGAAGCAGGGCAUCAAGGGUUACCCUACCAUCAAGUUCUUCCCCAAGGGUUCUACUGAGCCUAUCGCCUACGAGGGUGGUCGUUCCGAGGAUGCUCUUGUCAAGUACCUCAACGAGAAGGCCGGUACUCACCGUACUGUCGGUGGUGGUCUCGACAUCACUGCUGGUACCAUUGCCGCUCUUGACACCUUCGUUUCCAAGUACACUAGCGGCGGCGCUCUCGAGACCGUCCAGAAGGAGAUUUUGGCUGCUUCCGAGAACAUCAAGGAUACCUACGCUCAGUACUACGUCAAGGUCUUCGAUAAGCUCGCCCAGAACCCUGGCUACGUCGAGAAGGAGUCCAAGAGACUCAACAACCUGCUCAAGAAGGGCGGUCUCGCUCCCGAGAAGGUCGACGAUCUGACCAAGCGCAGCAACAUCCUCAGCAAGUUUGUUGCUAAGGUCCAGAGCGCCAAGGAGGAGCUGUAA